UGACCGGUUAGAAGUGAGACCACGAGUGUUUCAGAAGGAAAUUUUUUCAAGCUGUUGGGUGAAGAGGUCUUCUAAAGGUUCAGAUUAUCUGGAAAAAUGGCACAGCAAAAGCCUGAACCAGUAGCCAAGUUCAAACUCGUUCUUGUCGGCGAUGGUGGUACUGGAAAGACAACCUUUGUCAAACGUCACUUGACUGGAGAAUUUGAAAAAAAAUAUGUGGCAACACUAGGAGUUGAGGUACAUCCACUGGUGUUCUACACAAACCGAGGAGCUAUCCAGUUUAAUUGCUGGGAUACUGCUGGUCAAGAAAAGUUCGGUGGUCUCCGUGACGGCUAUUAUAUCCAGGGCCAGUGUGCAAUCAUCAUGUUUGACGUUACAUCACGAGUAACAUACAAGAAUGUGCCAAGCUGGCACAGAGAUCUUGUUAGAGUGUGUGAAAACAUCCCUAUUGUGCUUUGUGGAAACAAAGUUGACAUAAAAGAUCGUAAAGUCAAGGCCAAGUCUAUAACAUUUCACAGAAAGAAGAACUUACAGUACUAUGAUAUAAGCGCCAAGAGUAACUACAACUUUGAGAAGCCAUUCUUGUGGUUAGCACGAAAACUUGUAGGUGAUCCAAAUCUAGAGUUUGUGGAGAUGCCUGCUCUUGAACCACCAGAGGUCCAAGUUGAUGUAACACUAAUGCAACACUACGAGCAGGAGCUUGCUGAUGCCCAACAAACAGCUCUCCCAGAAGAUGAUGAUAAUGAUAUAUAAUCUGAAUAUUCUUCUGGGAAUGUGUGCUUUUUUGUCUUUCCUCUUGACUUCAAAUCAACAUCAGCCUCAGAUGACAUGAUGUAAUUCCUUUUUUUGUAAAUUCUGCAAUUUUUGUUGACUAGAUUUAGGGUAAAAUCAGGGAGAUGGAAGUAUGUAACACCUUAUAAGAUAUAUCAAAAAAUUUGAAAUGCCCCCAAGUUCAUUUCAUAGGUAAGUAUAUAAGGUUAUAGCUUAAGUUUGCCAAUUCAGCUGAGAUAUAUACAAAAGGCUACUUGCAGAGCAGAAGCUCUAGUUUUGAAAACAUUUCAAAAUACCCUCCUUUAGAUCUUUAAGUCAAUUUGUAACUGUGGGUGUUUUAAUUAUGUAGUACUCGUGAGAAACAAAUCUUCACUAUGUGUACUCUUUUGCAUGUGGAUAAUUAGUUAGCAAAGAAGCAUGGAGAAAAAUUUAUGGAAAGUGGCCUGCUGCAGAUAACUCACCGGUUACAUUAAACAGAAAUUAUUUAUAUAACUUUGUUAAAAUAUCUCAAGAAACUUUUUUAUCUUGUGUUGCUGCAACAGUUAUAUGAAGACAUGUCUAGAUAACUCACAGCUGUUAACAGGGAAAGUUCAGAGAAAGAUGUAACUAUGACACAGUCACCCCUAAAAGCUCCUAAAGCAUGAAGAAUAAAUUUGCUAAUCUUU